AUGACAGAGCUAAUUAUAGAGCAAGAGCACCGGAACAAUCAUCACACAGGGACACAAGCUACACUAUAUGCGGUGAGACUGCGCUAUUGGCCGAUCGACCGCCGUAGCCAAGUAUGGCGCACUCUCAGAAGGUGCGUCCGCUGCUGCAGAGCCAAACCUCCACCAGUGGAAUACUUGAUGGGUGAUUUGCCAAAGGCGCGUAUUACCGAAUCGCGGCCGUUCACGAAUGUCGGAAUCGCGGUCCACAUAGAGUUAGUCAGCGACCUAACCACCGACGCGUUCUUGGCCGCGUUACGCCGAUUCAUCUCGCGGCGAGGAUACUGCACAACGAUCCUCACCGAUAACGGCACCAAUUUCGUCGCGGCUAACCGGGAGCUGCAAGAACUCCGGACCCUAUUGCAGUCCGACGACCACCAGGAUAGGGUACGGAAUUUUCUCGUCGACCGACAAAUACAAUGGCGUUUCAAUCCUCCGAACUCACCACAUUUUGGCGGCUUAUGGGAAGCCGCGGUUAAAGCGUUCAAACGCCAUCUCACCCGCGUUGUCGGCACGGAGCUCCUGACCUUCGAGCACCUCAACACCCUUGUGAUCGAAAUUGAGGCCAUUCUCAAUUCACACCCACUGACUCUCAUCUCAUCCGAUCCUAAAGAUCCUCCUGUACUCACUCCCGGUCAUUCUCUAAUCGGUGACGCACUAACCAGUUUACGGGAGCGUGAUUUCAGGACAGUUCCAUCAGGCCGGCUACCCAGUUGGCAGCGCAUUCACCAGAUUAAGCGGCACUUCUGGAGCAGAUGGUAUCGUGAGUACCUAAAUGAACUAACCCGCCGCAACAAAUGGGACAAGGGCAAAUACAACAUUCGUGAAGGCACCGUAGCAAUCCUCAGGGAGGAUAACAUGCCCUCUAUGCAAUGGCCUUUGGGCCGCGUAAUCAAGGUCCAUCCAGGAGGCGAUGGAGUCAUCCGGACCGCUACCGUGCAGACGGCAACAAGCAUCCUGGACCGCGGUGUCAAAAGACUGGUCCCCUUACCCAUUCACUCAGAUCCAGACGAGGCCGAACGUCCACACGAAGCGAAGGAGGUACCAACGACGCACCUGACUCCACAGCCAGAAUUUGAUCGGUGCCCUCUGCACGGGGGGAGGAUGUUACGCCGCCUAAAUCAUCUGCAUGCCAGCCCGCGCGACCGGACAACAACCGGCCUGCGUAACGUCAUUUCGACCCUCAAUAAACCUAAGGACCCACCAUAACUUUCACUUCCCUGUAUUGUUUCGCCAUGUGUCUUCAAUCCGUUUGUCUUGAAGAAUUUCUAAAGCUUAAAAAUAUUCUCGAAACACAGUCGGUUUUUAGAGAGGUCCUUGGGUUUACUAGGCGCACUUAAAACACGGAGAAAGCGGGUAUGCGCCCAUUAGGAAAAACCGAAUAGCCCUCUAAUAAAACAAGCUAGGUUUUCCUCACGAACACGGUUAUCUAUCCACCACGAUGGUAGGAGACUUCCUACUCAUCCCUUCGAGCAGUAGUGCAGGUCAUGACCAAUCGCCAUCGCGGUUCGUUACCC